AAUCCAGAAUCGCAUAUUGCGUGAUUCAUCACAGUUGCUGCUUGCCGAGCUGUUACCGGCUGAGUUUCGCUUGCCACUUGCACUUGGGCUUUAAGUUAAGAAGAUUUAGUCAUCAUUGGAUACCGCCGUCAAUCCUGUGCCGCUGUAAACCUUCGUCUUGCCGGACAGAGUCAAUCAUGACUCCCGGGAAAUACUGCUUGCCACGGCAGCAGCAGCUGUCCGCAAUGCUGGUGUUUAGCUUGGUUGCCAUGACUACCCUGCCUCAGCAAUGCCAAGCUGCCAGCAUUAAUAAGCUACUAUAUAACAUGGACGGAGAGUACUACGAACACUUCUACCAGUUUUCAGGAUUCGACGUUGUUCUCACCAAGCAGCUGUUUGACGGUUCCGACGGCACAGGUCCGCACCCGGCCGCCAACACACCAGCACACAUAUGCAGAGGGGCGUUCACCGCGCUGAACAUGGCCAAACUCUUGGAGGAGAAUCCAGCCGCCAUGGCCGAGUUGAAGAGCUCGGAACUCCACAAGCAGGCAUUCAUGACUGGUGAUUUGUCGCAGUUUGUCUGGAAUAAACAGGACAAAGCUGUUAGGCCCUAUAUACUUGUGUACACAGGAAACAAAACGAGAGCUGCAGUAAAACGGCCUGAAGAUAGAGACUUCCCAGUUGAUCAGUACACAUUUGUAGGCAUGCCAGUCUCCGAACCAAGUACAGGAUUUUCAACCCAAAUUGGCUUCAUUGAUGGCAAGGACUUCAACCCAGACUCAGGUUCAGUCCAUUGGGACACUUACGGGAAAUUCCCCUUUGCUUGUAUACGCAAGACGAACAAGGGCAAAACGCAAGUCUGUGGCGACAUCACCGUCAUGCUGUUCAGCAAUGCCUCGCUGCACAUGCCGUACAACGUAGCACGAGACAGCUGCCUCAAUGAAAUUGGAUUUCACAUGGCGACCGCAGCUGAUCUUGAUUACCUCCGAACUAGUACUGUCGCUGAAUGUUCUAGUCUUGUACAGAUAUGGCAAGACAGUGUAUGGAUUAACAAGGCGCAGUCAAACAGCCUCUCUGGCGUGAAGCCUGCAAUCUGUGUUGGUUGUCAGAUCUCAUACAAGCACACCGUUGGUAUGGCUGGAAUCAAUCGAGCAGGGCGUGUCCAAUGCCUACCCGGAUACCUGCCCACACCUCCUCUGCUACCACCGCGAUGUGAAAAUGGAUCUUGGGUUCCAGAAACACUCGCCACAUGCACUCGUUACAUGUUCAAAUCCGGAGGUGAUACUUACGGCAUUCUAGCCAUGAACGAGUUUGCAGGACAGCUUGUACCUGCUCAGGCCAGCACCUAUGCCAAUGCCACUCAGCAGUGUCGGACCAGGCAUGACUCAAGCAGCACCCUACCAAUUGUGAGCAAUGCCGCUGACCUGGCCCCACUUCAGGACCUUCUCGCCUCCUGGAACAACGUCUGGUACUUCAUUCACUACCAGAAUGCGAGCAUCACGCCUGCAAUGAUUUCACUGGUGUCCUACAACUCCUGGCCAAACAGUCCCCCAUCAGCAGCAGUGGCGGCCGCAAAAACCAAAUGGGCCGUUUGCAUGACAUCAUGCGUCGCUGUAGAAACGCGUGGCCGGAUGUCCGCGGAUGCGCUGACGGGAUUUGUGACCUGCCAGCCAGGAUACUACUGGAGCUGCUCCGGUGGACCUUGCACCCGAAAUCCACGCCACGCCGUACCACCCGUGUGCAAGGAUGACGAGUGGCUUAACCUCCCCACGUGCGCAGCGGGUAGUCCAAGCGUUCCUACUGGAUACGACAGCAGCAACGCCGUCAUUGAUGCAACAACAUCGUCAUUUCACUGUGCACCAGGCUUCUACGAGAGGUGCACUCUGCCUAACUGCGCCGGCGGCAUCAAUAACACGGCGGCCACAGCUCGCACGGUGAACGGAGCACUGGUGUGGAACAAUCUACCCACAUGUCACAAGUUUGAUACAUUUGAAUGCGGUGUUUCCACCUACCUCACCGGCCAAGCAACCUCUCUCAGCAAUGCGCGACGGAGCUGCCUUGACGCAGACACAGUCCUCCUGAGCGACCACUACCUCCGCGCCAUGACACCUGGCAACCGUGGCUGCUUGCUAGGUAGGCCCAGACCGAUUUGGCUCUUCCCAACCCAUGGCGAAGGCGAGGUGUUCAACGGCAACGACACAGUAAUGGAUUUCGUCUCAGCCUCUCUCGGCGCGUACGAUUUUGUUUGCCUACCACAUAACUAUUCGCUAAUAAUGGCUGCGUCAGCGCCAGAAGUGUCUUCUAUGGGUGAGCGAUUAAGAUGUAAGACGGAGCCGGAGACGUACAUCUGCAAUGCUUCCGUCGUCAUUCGGGGCAACACCUCCAUCAUCUGCCUACCGCAUUGCACCAAGCCAGUACCCAGUGCUCCCAAAUCAAUAAUCUGUUCUGGCUAUAAUGUCAGUGUCAAUCACCUGGCCACUUCAUACUCAUUAGCCCGGCAAGUGUGCAAGGAUCAGGGGAAUACGAUAUUAAAGUCCAAAGUUAUCUCCAAGUUCAGGACUUUCCCGUGCUUUUCGGCCGAGAUCGCUGUGCUAACGAAGAACGGAGCAUCUUCCAUUUGGACGAGGUAUACGAACAAGAAACCCGGGAGGUAUAGCUUGCAGACCAACAGUACCGAUUUAAUCUACAGCCAGACGAGAGCAAGGGCUGAUGCCUUCAUCUGCGCCUUAGAUGUGGAUGAGUGUGCAACAGGUCCUUGUGGCGCGGGAAACGUUUGCAGGAACACAAAGGGAAGCUACGUAUGUACUGCUUCAGCCAGUGGCUAAAGAGAAUGCCUGAAGAGAUGCCAUCAACGGAACCCUUCAACAGCACUGACAUCUCUUUGAAAUCCAGCACGUCAUCACCUGCCUAGCAGUUUCUAAGUGCAUGCACUGGAGUCAGCGCCGGAACGCUCCUGUUCUCCCUGGCGGAUGGAGAGGAGCCAUGACUUUGACUUUGACAUUAGCCAUGGUGUCGACUUCAUUAGUGUUGACCUUGUAUUUUGGGGCUUUAUUAUUUUAUUAGAUACAAUUGGGUGAUCUCACCCAUUCCACAAUACUCUGCAAAUUUCCGAACCAUUCCAUUAUAUACAACGUUUCGGUAAAUGGCCUUCUUCAGGUAGUCAAUGCAGAGUAUUAUGGAAUGGGUGAGUUCGACCAAUUGUAUCUACUAUGAAACUGCAGGAAGCCUCCAAACUUCUUCUCAGUUAUUUUUUAUUGUUUCACUAUCCAGUUUUAUCCCUGCUCUGUCCCUGAUCUGUAUAAAUUUUGAUCAAAAAAAAGGAUUUCAGUUUGAACUCGUGAUUUAGUCAGCUAUCCAUGUUGAUCUCGACUUGAAAUG